AUGGCAGUUAUAAACUUUAAGGUUCCUCUAUCAAAAGAGGAGAAUGCAAGUUUUGGUUCACAGUUUAGAUCACUUGACCGUGAUGAAUUUGGUAUUGUUACGGGUGACACUUUAAAAUCAUAUUUUAGUAAUUCGGGGCUAAGCAGCCAAUUAUUGUCAAGGGUGUGGUCAUUAGUCGAUACAGAGCAACAGGGAUUUUUGAAUAUCAGUCAGUUCUCCGCGGCAAUGCGUGCGAUUGGUCAUCUACAGUUGAACCCGCAACUUUCAGUUACUUCGGAGUUAUACGAAGCGCCUCCGUCGCAAAUGACGACGCUUGCAGGGGCGGGAUAUAGUGGUAUACCACCUGUUACGCCACAUGACUAUGCGAAAUUCAGUCAACUCUUUGACAGAUCUUCUGAGGAUGGGGUUAGGAUAUCGGGAGCAAAGGCCAAGGAGGUUUUUUUGAAGGCUAAGUUGCCAAAUGUUGUGCUUGGUUCAAUUUGGACGCUGUGCGACAGGAAUAAUUCUGGCAGCCUAGAUAAGACGGAGUUUGUUAUCGCAAUGCACUUGAUUCAGCUAACUUUAAAUAAGCACCCUAGUGCUACUAAAUUACCCACGUCACUUCCUCCAGAGAUAUGGCGUACCAGUGCUCCUUCUAAUCUGGCACCUCUGAGUAGAGACUCUACUGGGUUAUCGACGUCUUCUUCUAUUGCUAGAACUGGUACGUUGGCUCGCCUGUCGUCAAACUCCUUUACUAACAUCUCAAAUGACUGGACUUUGACUUACGAGAAGAAACAGCAAUUUGAUAGUAUAUUUGACGCUUUGGAUAAAAAUAAGGCUGGUGCUUUGGGUGCUGAUGUUUUGGUUCCAUUCUUUCUUACUUCAAAAUUAAGCCAAGAAGUUUUGGCAACAAUCUGGGAUCUGGCAGACAUUUAUAAUAAUCCUGUAUUUACAAAAACUGAAUUUGCCAUUGCAAUGUUUUUAAUUCAGAAGAAAAACGCUGGAAUCGAAUUUCCAGAUAUUGUACCAGAUCAGUUGUUAAACUCUCCCGCUUUAGGCUUGCAUUCUGGAAAUGCUCCCCAACAACAGUAUUAUCCACCAGCACCAGCUUACAACAAACAGCCAGUAAUCCCAUCCAGGGAUACCAAGCCCCACUUUGAACGUCCUCAACCGCAGAAAGGAAGCAGCUCCCUCAAUGAACUGCUGACAUUGAAUCCAUCAUUUGACGGCCAGCCCAACCGUUCUUACCAGGCGGUUUCAAACAACACAGGUAGUUCAAUUGGUACAACAUCGAGACAAGUUGUACCUGGAUUAGAGAGAUCUUCGAGUCUUGGGAAUUAUGGUGCAUCGCAGCAGAGCAGCAAACCAUAUGAAGGGAAUCUCCAAAGAAGCGCUACUCAGCACUAUGGUGGUGAUCAUUAUCCAAUGCACUCAAAUCUUCAACCUUAUGCCUCUCAUAGCCCUUCUCAGAAGCAGCUAUCAUAUACUUCAACUCCUCCUAUGAGCAGUGCAGCGUUAACUGAAGUUCCUGAGCCCUCUCAAAGUGGAAACUGGGAAGGAACAGCUUCUCCUGGUGGUGGAACUGGUUAUCAAUCCGAGCCUUCUAUUGAAUUAGCCAAUCUAUCAAACCAGAUUAGCUCCUUGACUACCCAAGCAACAAUGUUAAGUGAAAAGAGGACAAAUAUUAAGCAUGAUCUGGAUGAGAUAGCUCAGUUAAAGUCAAAGACCGAAACAAAGCUAACUUCUUUACGCAGUUCAUACGAAAAGGAAAGACUAGAAGUUGAUGAACUUGAAACCCAAUUAGUGAGAUCGCGUAAAGAAUUGAAGCUGUUAGAGCAAGAGCUAAAGGUUGCUGAGGAAGAGUAUAAUGAAGUUCAAUCACAGUUACUGAGAGUUAAGGAUGAGUUGGAGGAAACGAAGCAUACAAAUAUGGAAACAACAGGACGUAUUAGCCAAUACAAUAAUCUGGCGGCAACUAUGCGUAGAGAUUUAACGGAAAAACAGCGGCAAGUAAAGCAAGAAAAAUCAUUACUUAGCGUUAACGCAAAGCAAGAAGAAUUGAGUCAGAUAACAGUGGCAAAUUUGCAAGCCGAGAUCAAGGGUAUAGAUGAACAACUUGUUCUGUUUAUUAACAAAGGCAAAGAGUUAGAUGAAUAUCGUGUUAACAUUGAAAAACAACAUAGUGAAAUGGAACGGAAGCAUCAAGAAUUUGUCUCAAGAUCCCAUGAAUUAGAGAAUAAAUACCGUGAAUUUGGAGAAAGAGAGAAAGAUUUGGUCCAACGGACAAAAGAGAUAACUGAGAAUGAGCAAAGAUAUCAGGCAGAAAACUUGAAAUUACAGAAAAUGUUCGAAGAGUUAAACAAAAAGCGUUUAGAGUACGAAUUGGCGGAAAAGGAGGUUCUCCAGCAAAAACUUGAAGAGAAGGAGGAAAAUUUGCAUACUGACGAAAAAAGUCCUAUUCAACCUCCAACCGAGGAAACAGUUGAGAAGCAAAAUAUUUCCUUUGCUUCUGAAUCUAAAAACGCUGAAAUUAUUACUGAUGAUCAGACCUCUAGUACAAAAGCUAAAUCCGAAAUUCGUGAUAAUGUAUCUUUACCAGUCGGAUUACCGCAAGAUGAUGAAGGUAAACAAGACAGCGUUUUCGAUAAAGAUAUUCCUACUUCGCCAUCGCAAACUGAACUUGAUGAGGAGGAACAUAUUGCUAGUGCUGAAACUGUAGCACAAGCAAUGGACGAAGGUGAUAUGAAUGUAUACAGAAUUCCUAGAUCGGAAUCUAUGACUUCGUCUACUGCCAAUAAUGCUCCACAAUCUGUUAGGGAUGAGGAAGAGACUGAUAUACCGGAAGUUACAGGAGAGCAUACCAGACUGCCUCCUAAGGAGUCUGAUAUUAUUGAUGAAGAAUGUGAGAGAGAUCUGACCCAUGCCGCAGAUAAAUCUAUUCCUGGAGGAUGGGACGAUCUGGAUUAUGACGAUAAUUCCAAAACUAUAAGUGAUCCUCCUUCAGCUUCGAAGAGCCAAUUAAAAAGCAGUAAUCUGGUUGAUUCCUCGGGUACUGACCAAUCCCUUGCCAGCACAGCACAUAGUAAUAUGCUCGAUUCUGACAGUGGAAUUAGCGAAUAUUUGUACCAUAGUUCCAGAGAAGUUCCCUCAGCAGACGCUGGAUUCUAUCGUAUGACCCCAGCGACACCUAUUGGUGGUGCUGCUGAGCACGAUAACGAAAACAUUACGUUACAACCUGCAUCAAUCACUUCGGGAGAAAACAUGCCUACCACUUCAUCCACUCAUAUAAUGAAAGAAAAUGUUUCUGAAAGUUCUCCUUCUACGCAUCAUUUCUCAAAUCAACAGCUUAAUCAAACCGCUAGCGUUCGUAUUCCAUCUAUUUCUACACCUGUAAAGACUACAGAAGGGUAUAUGGUGGAACCUGUUUCACCUGUGCCCACCUUAAAUGCUCAAACCACCCCCUCUUAUGGUAAUAGUAUGCCUUACCUGGAAAACUCAGAGCUCUUAGAUCCUGAGGAACUGCAGAAAACGAAGAGCUCAGAAAUUGUUUUCGACGACUUUGCUUUUGAAGAUUUAGAGCAGGCAUCCCCUGAGGAUGAGCUGGGUGCAACCCCUCGUCUGGAUCCUAGUGCUGAAUUUGAGACUGCACCCAUUGGUUUCGAUCAUGAUAAUCUGAAUAAUUCUGGAUUCAUUGACGCCCCACACCCUGUGUUCAGCAGUUCCGCAAACAACCAACCUGUUUCAGUUAACGACCGUGAUGAAUGGGAUGAAAUUUUCCCGGCAUAUGAAACUAAUAGGUCGAGCAUGAAUCCUAUAACAAGACCAAAUGACCCAAAGAAUUCUUUCAUGAACGUAUCUGCAGUAAAAUCUCCUACAAAAGAGACCGCCGUUCAUUCAACCGGUGCGCCUAUUGUUCCAGCUGCUGUCCAAGAACUAGAAAGCAUGGGUUUUAGUAAUAGCGAAGCUACUAAUGCAUUAAACAAAUGCAACUGGGACUUAGAAGCGGCUACUAACUUUUUACUAGACAACAGCUAA